UCCCUCCUGCAAGAGCAACUAGUGCCUCUUCUUUUUCCACCCUGACACCGUGUUUGGCUCGGGACAGUUCCCAUCCGCGCCACGAACACGUGUGUCACCUUGUGGUCCACUCUGCGUGCUGCACAGUUGAGGUUUAGUGUGUUUUAGUUAUUGUCGGCAUGAGAGCUCCGCUUUACGGGCAUGCGCAGCGCGCUCUUAAACCCCUCCUCCACCCAGUUAGUUAAGCCAGCGCUAUUUCAAAGCGCCGCUCACUUUUGCAAAACAGACCUCUGACCCCAGAUAACCUGUGAUGCACUGUUUGUUAGACUGUUUCCCUCAUCUGCUCAGACACUGCAGACGCCCUUGUGUCAUAAUGUGGAGGCAGAGGGGUUGUGCUGUGCUCUGUGCUGUGCUUGGUUUGGGGUUUAGAGAGACCGAGCUGUAAGUAGGUCGGGCUGGGCUUAAGCGGCUUAGCUACGUCAGCCUAAGCUGGGAGGAAUUCAUCCAAAGCCCUCCGCGGUAGGCGGGGGCCUAAACGAGGCUGGCCUAGUUAAGCCUGAUUCUUAUUGUGUGCAGCACAGCCUGUCUUUGUUGUGAAACGUAGCUGAGAGGCAACCAAGGAGUAGUGUAUGAAUCCAUGCAAUUAGACAUAGCUUAUGUUUGAUUUAGGGAAGAAGGAGAGAAGAAACAUGAGCAAUGUAUGGGAGUUAGACCAGUGUUAGCCUUAUCAGCGUGGACCAAGAGAAACCAGCAGCAGGGACAAAAACACAGGUGGGAGAAGGAAAGAGCCACAGUGUCGAGUGUGGUUACUGAGGGGUGACAGUUCUAGGCCUGACUUGGUCUGUGCGAGCCCGCUAUGCAAUAAGAUGGCGUCCAGCUCUGUGUUUAUAACCACGAUGAUGGGUAAAGCUCGCUCCUCAAACUUCACCCUGUCUGAGAAGCUGGACCUGUUGAAGCUGGUCCGUCCUCACAUCCGCAUCCUGGAGGAGCAUACCAACAAGCAUGCAGUCAUUGUGGACAAGAACAAGUGCUGGGACACUGUGGCGGAACAGUACAACGCCCUCGGAGGGGACAGACCCCACCGCACAGCUCAGGGCCUCAGGACCCUCUACAAGAGGCUGAAGGAGUCAGCUAAACAGGAAGUGAUGCAGAGGAGACACGCCCAACCAGAGUACAGAGCAAGCAUCUCUGAGCCAACCAGGAGAAUCAUGGAGAUGAUCCCUCACCUGUUUCACCAUGUGCCCAUCCAUGAGAAGGACCAGGCACUGCGCAGAUUAAUAUACAACAAACACAGCUCUCCCAUCGAACACCCUGGCAGCAGCUCUUCUCUGGCUGGACUCCAGGAGUACUCAGCAGCUGUCCCGAGUGUCCCCCAUGACGUGGUCCAGCUGGACCCUGAAGUGGAUGUUAAACCACCGCCAGAUCUUCCCAUCCUUUCCACACACACAGGGCCGGUGCUGGAGGGAGGCCAGGAACAGGAGGGGGAGCAGGACUUGGGCAGCAUCCACGAUUAUGAAGGAUCCCUUUCUCCUACGCCUUCUUCUGUUAACAUCCCCCUCUCUGCCUCUCCGCUGCCUUUACGCCACGACCUCUAUCCCAACGACAUCUACCCUCACCAUGAGCCAGACAGGUUUCGACCCCUACAUUUGGCCAAAGAAGAGCACGACAUGGUACUGGCCAACCACCGGAAGGUUGCAUUAUACCUGGAGGAGAAGAGGGAGGGGCUGAAACGAAAACAGGAACUAGAGGAGGAACUUAUAAGAGCCAAGAUCAAAGUGGAGAAACUAAAGGCUGCCAGACUGAGACAUGGAAUGCCAAUUCCUCUAUAACAUGCAUUUUUACCUGUUAGAAGCACUAGAAAGGGAGAGGCUCUAAAGAGUUUUAAGUCUGGAUAUUAAGCAGAGGAAGAAGUGGGAUUAAUCAGUUUUAAUGUAUAAGAGCUGUGUCAAAACUGAAGUUUCUUUUUUGAAACCUACUGUAGUGCCUCAUACAGACACUAAUAGGCUGUUAAUCUUUCAGAUGAUUUUUUUCUGUUGCCAUCAGUCUGUAGUCUGUGCUAAUGUUCGUCUGUGUUGACAAUACUCUUGCACUUAUUGACAGCUGAGGCAGCAUAAUAUUUAAGAGCUGACAUGCAUAGUGGCAUGCCAAAAUAUGUCAAAUAGAUGUGAAAGUGCAGGUAUUGGAAGGGAAUAUUUGCAGUAUUAAAUGACUUGUACCAUUCUGGUGCUUUUCCUGCCUAAAUCUUCAACCACUGUGUAUCUGCAGGAAUGUCGUGUAGCGUUUAUGAUCAUAUCCAUGUGAAAACUAACGGUAGCAGCCAUCAAUUCAGUGUUUCAGUCUACGUCACCUUUUUCAACUGUUAAGUGCUUUGACAAGUAGUGUAGAAAUCAGAUGUGAGAAAACCUAGUUAUUUCUUUGUUGCACUUGAACCAGAUUCAGACUGUUUUUCAAAGUCCUGUAUGGAAGAAAUGAAAAAGACUAAUUCAGUAUAAGAUACCUUGGUCUGGAGCACCAAUUAAACUGUUGAACGCCUUAACCAUGUCAUGCUAAUGAUGUUUACUGUGUGGCUGAUAAGAGGUGACAAUGACUCGCAAGGCUUAAUUGAUUGCCACUUAAGUAACUGAAAGAAGGGAGAUGUGGGCUCUGUUUCUGUGAAGCUGUUUUUACUUAAUGUAAUGUAUGUAAUAUUUGUGCUGUAAUGUUUGGUAAAUGAAUGUUGUCAGUUUGUUCUGUGAUCUGUUCAUGCAUUCACUUGUUUCUAUUAAAAGAAAAAAGGUAAACAUUUUGCAA